CUCAUUUGUUGGCCUUGAUGGGUUGCCGGGUCUUGACCGUCGGCGACGGCGACCUCUCGUACUCGCGCUGCUUGCUCGACCCAGAGAACUGGCGUGACCUGGACGUUGAUACGCCAACGAUAGAGCUCACGGCGUCCACCUUUGACUCGCUCUCGGCGCUUGAGGACAAGUAUGCCAUGGUACGCAGCAACCUUGACGCCCUUGGCGCUGGCUCGGCCGCCGUCUCGGCGACCGUGCUGCACGAUGUCGACGCGACGAACCUCGCAGCCUUUGAAAACGACGAGGCCAGUCACUUUGACCGUAUUGUCUUCAACCAUCCGCACUCGGGCGUCGAAGACGUCCACCGGCACCGGCGCCUCCUCUCGCAUUUCUUCCACGCGGCGCUGCGCGUGCUUCGACCGGGUGGCAAGGUGUUUGUGACGUUGGCGCGUGACCAGCCCAAGCGCUGGGAGAUCCUCAAGCGCGCAGACGCGCUCGACCUCGUCUGCUGCAAAAAUGAGCUGUGGACCGAGCCGAGAGGCUACCAGCGCAAGCGCCACCAGAGCGAUAAGAGUUUCCAUCGCAUCCUCUUGCACGGUGAGAAGCUCGAACAGCAAAGUACGAUCUUUGGCUUUGGCCGGCGACGCGACGGCACGACGCCGGUGGCAACGACGACGACGCCGACGACAUUGCCAUCAAGCGAUGCCGGCGUGGCCUGCGACGAUCCAGCCUGUGGCGGCAAGCGCUUUGCCACCGCUCAGGGCUUAAAGACACAUUUGCGCAUGGUGCACGAGCUGUGCAUCAAGAAGCGCAAGCGCGGCAAGGCCGACGCCGACGAUUUUCGCUGCUCGCACUGCAAUGGCCGCGAGUUCCAGGACGCCGAGGCGCUCCAGCAACAUCUUCUCGCCAAGCACGGCAAGGACAGUCGCAUUAGCCCCGACUGGUACGGCCACGCGCCGACGUUGACGGAAACCAAAGAGGCGGCGCAGUGCCCGAUUUGUAUGGAGUUGUUUCCAAGCGCGACCGCGCUCACGGCCCACCUGUCGACGCUGCAGCCGGUUGCGGUCGCCAAGUGGACAUGCAGCAUGUGCGAAAAGACAUUUGAGGAGCAGCGCGCGCUGCGACAGCACCAAAACUUUUGCACUAAAGAUACAUAAGACUGACAAUAAGACUACGAUACGACGAC